UGAUUUAAAGCCCGAGAACUCUGGGUGAUCCACGAGUGAAAACGACGGAGUACUUACGAUGGGAACUGUGCUCUUUUGGAAAGGAGAUCGUUUUUUAACUGUGCAAAAUGGCGGAGCGGGAAAGGGAGAUACAAACAUGUUUGAUUUCGGACUCUUCAUGCCAGUAUGGAUUGCAAUCAGUUUGGGGCACCGGGAACCAGUUAUUUGUAUUUCCAGGCAGAAACCCUGUUCUAUAUUCAGAGAGAAGACCAGCCACUGGUAAACGGGAAGUGAUUCAGGAAGUUCAAUGGGACAUUGAUCUGCAUCACCCUGUUCUCAGGAAAAUGGUCAACGAUUCACACAAUAUAUUUGUUACCCUUCAGCGCAAAGCGACCCAGUUAAAUGGAGCAGCCCUUCAUGAACAAAUAUUAAAAUCAAGCAGACACUACAGGGCUACACAGAAAGCUUACCUGAAGGAUUUGGAUGAAAUGAUAGAGAGCACACGAGACGAGGACCAAAGACAGCAGUACACAGAUCAGAUGAAGUUACUGGACAUGUCUGAGCUCAUCUGGAGUCUGUGUGAAAUCCUCUUCAUAGAGAGCCCUGUUGGUGACCUUGUUAUUCCCCAAUUACUGGAGUGGCUCAAGAUCCACUUUACGAUGGCAGAGAGAAUGUUUGGUGAGCUAGUAAGGGAGGAACAACCAGAACACAAAUCUACAUACUGGGCUACGAUAUUUCGACUGGUGCUACAAGGGCAGGUAGAGAGGGCAUGGCGUCUGCUCUCUCUUCAUUCAGCAAGCCAGACGGAGGAUUUCCAGACUCUGAUCAGCUUACUGAAGAGAAUGCCACUGUUGACACAUUUGUACAGAGGUAGUUCUGUAACAGAAUUUGACAUGAAAUGGCGACACUGGAGAGAUGAUUGUCAAAGAAACUAUGAGGAACAGAAAUUCUCAAUCAAUGCAAAUCUAGAAACUGUAGUCCGGAUACUGUGUGGUGAAGAUGCAGUAUUCAGUGAAUUGAAGGAGUUUUGUGACCCCUGGUAUCACAUGUUGAUAUCAAAAGCCCUAUACCAGGACCCCACCAUCAAAGCAUGUGAUCUACAUUAUUAUGUCCAGGGCUGUCAGGAUGAAUACAGAAACAGCACAAGACUGGGAGAGCUGGACAACAUUCUCCUGUCAGCUAUAGAGUCAGACGUGUACCAAGUCAUCAAGGAUAGCAGGACUGUGUUCAGCAAUGGUUGGUUUGUAGCUCAUUUGACAGAUCUUCUACAACACUGUGGACAGUUAGAGGCUUACAAAUUACAGUUUGGAGCUGACCUGCGGGAAUUUCUUCUGCUAGAAUAUGCAAGUUCCCUUAUGUCACAUGAAAGUUUGUGGAUUGUUGGAGUUAGUUACCUUGACCAUUGUGCAGAAUUUGGAAGGAAAUAUCUGGAGUUAUUCCUAGAUCGCAUUCCAGUAAAUUCUGAGAAGAAAGCAAACAAAGUACUUAAGAUCUGUGAGGACCGUAAAAUGACAGAACAAGCAAAAAGUAUCUGUAAAGUGAUGGGAAUGAGGUGUAUUAAGAACAAAAGAUUGGGAGCUGCUCUUACAUGGUUUUUGAGGUCAAAGGAUGUUGGAUUUGCUACAGUUCUUGCAGAGAAAUUUCUUCUUGAGUACAGUGAGAGUGGAGAAUUUACAAAUCUUGAUCUCAUAGAUCAUUUAGGACCUUCCAUGUUACUAAGCAACAGGCUAACCUUUUUAGGAAAAUAUCGUGAGUUCCACAAGCUUUAUAGUGAGGGGGACUACCUAGCAGCUGCUGAACUUCUUCUGGCUCUGUUACAAGCUCGUCUGGCUCCCAAACAGUUUUGGAUAACAUUGUUGAUUGAUGCACUUCCAUUACUGGAAAGAAUGGAGCUCAUCUUUAACAGUCAACAAACAUAUGAACUCAUGCAGUGCCUUGAAGAACUGACCACUGAAUAUAGACUGGAGAAGAAGACAGAUAUCUUGGGAUUCACAGAAGCAAGGAAAGAGCAGUUGGAUGUUUUGAAAUUAGCACUAACUAAGAAUUUGGCCAAAGCCAUUUUACAAGAGGGGACAGUGAAAGUAGUCUAGUUACAAUUUGGAUAGAAACUGAAGGCAGCAUGUACAAUGAUUGGUUUCAAUAUCUAGGACAAGAAUUCGAAGAUCACAUAUACUGAUACACAUGAUUUAAAAGCAUGUGUUUAUCUGACUGUGAGUGUUGAGAAAGUGUUUCAUGUGUUGGUUGUUUUGGUUUUUUUUACUAAGAAAUAUGUCAUUUACUGUCUUAGUGUAAGUAACAAGAUGUCACACAUUAAAAUAAAAACCAGA